AUGUGCGAGAGUUUUCUGCUUGGUAGCACACCGACAGCCCCUGCGGAUACAGCGGUUGAGUUCAAGCCGAUCAAGUAUAAUGUCACGACAAGUGGAAAUAGAUUCGUCGGCGCCGGGCCUGAGGUGGAUGAAGCCUGGCGGGAGAUAUCCUACGAUGUUGGAGACCAAUGGAUCUCAAAGUCCGAUAUCAAGCACCUCGGGAUGCCUGAAUGGUCACUGCAAGUUAACCACCCAGAGACGGGCGAGGAAGGUUAUCGAGUUGGCAUGGAAGUAUUUCAUCAGCUCCACUGCAUCAACCUGCUCCGUCGAGUGACAUACAAGGAGUAUUACGAGCCGCUGGGUGGAGAAUUUGGAAAGGGGCCUGAGGAGUUGCAAAGACAUACCGGGCUCUUUACGUUCUACAUGAUUGAAGGCGAUCCGUUGGCCUGGCCAGAGCUCAACUCGAAGCACGUCUGCCGGAAUUUUGACAAGGUCCGCCAGUGGGCGGUCGACCAUUCAGUCGGCAAUAUGGAGGUUCUUGCGUGA